CGGGCGCGUCGCCCUCGGGUCGCGGGUGUCGGAGAGCGCGAGUGAGAGGGAGUUCGCAGCAGCACCUAGGCGUCCGUCCGCGGAGAGCGUCCCGCUGCCCCGGUCCGCGCUUGCUCCUCGCUCCCCGGGCGUCGCCGUCCCCGGGGCCAGGUCUAACCAUGAGCUACCCAGGCUAUCCCCCACCUUCUGGUGGUUACCCUCCAGCUGCACCAGGUGGAGGUGCCUGGGGAAGUGCUGCCUACCCCCCGCCCAACAUGCCCCCCAUUGGCCUGGAUAAUGUGGCCAGCUAUGCAGGGCAGUUUAACCAGGACUACUCAGGAAUGGCAGCCAACAUGUCCGGGAUGUUUGGAGGAGCCAAUGUGCCAAACAUGUACCCUGGGGCACCUGGGGGUGGUUACCCACCUGUGCCCCCUGGGGGCUUUGCGCAGCCCCCUCCUGCCCAGCAGCCCGUUCCUCCAUAUGGCAUGUACCCACCCCCUGGAGGAAACCCACCCCCUGGCAUGCCCUCGUACCCACCGUACCCGGGUGGCCCUGUGCCAGGCCAGCCCAUGCCGCCUCCUGGACAGCAGCCCCCAGGGCCCUACCCUGGGCAGCCGCCAAUGACCUACCCUGGACAGUCACCAAUGCCACCCCCAGGGCAGCAACCAGUGCCAAGCUACCCAGGGUACUCAGGAUCCGGGAGUGUCACCCCUGCCGUGCCCCCAGCUCCGUUUGGAAACCGAGGCACCAUCACAGAUGCUUCAGGCUUUGACCCGAUGCGAGAUGCUGAGGUCCUGCGGAAGGCCAUGAAGGGCUUUGGGACUGAUGAGCAGGCCAUCAUCGACUGCCUGGGCAGCCGUUCCAACAAGCAGCGCCAGCAGAUCCUCCUGUCCUUCAAGACCGCCUAUGGCAAGGAUUUGAUCAAAGAUCUGAAGUCAGAACUUUCAGGAAACUUUGAGAAGGCAAUCCUGGCUCUGAUGAAGACUCCCAUCCUGUUCGAUGUGUAUGAGAUAAAGGAAGCCAUCAAGGGGGCUGGCACCGACGAAGCCUGCCUGAUUGAGAUCCUUGCUUCCCGCAACAAUGAGCACAUCCGGGAACUCAGCAGAGCCUACAAAGCAGAGUUCAAAAAGACCCUGGAGGAGGCCAUUCGAAGUGACACAUCAGGCCACUUCCAGCGGCUCCUCAUCUCUCUCUCUCAGGGAAACCGGGAUGAAAGCACAAAUGUGGACAUGUCACUUGUCCAGAGAGAUGUGCAGGAGCUGUAUGCCGCUGGGGAGAACCGCCUGGGAACAGAUGAGUCCAAGUUCAAUGCAAUUCUGUGCUCCCGGAGUCGGACCCACCUGGUGGCAGUUUUCAAUGAGUAUCAGAGGAUGACAAGCCGGGACAUCGAAAAGAGCAUCUGCCGGGAGAUGUCUGGGGACCUGGAGCAGGGCAUGCUGGCUGUGGUGAAAUGUCUGAAGAACACCCCAGCCUUCUUUGCUGAAAGGCUCAACAAGGCUAUGCGGGGAGCAGGGACGAAGGACCGGACUCUGAUCCGCAUCAUGGUGUCCCGCAGUGAGAUCGACCUCUUGGACAUCCGAGCAGAGUAUAAGCGGAUGUAUGGCAAGUCGCUAUACCACGACAUCACGGGAGACACUUCAGGGGACUACCGGAAGAUUCUGCUGAAGAUCUGUGGCGGCAACGACUGAGCCAGGACACUGGCUCACCUCUGCCCCCUGCUGGCAGCAAUAGUGCCAGGGAAAAGACCCAAAGAGUGUCAGUUCUUCACAAUCCACACAAGCCCUGGGGUACACCUUCGGUCUGCAGAGCUUUGGUCCUGUUCUCCCUGCCCUGUGGACAGGUCUGGGAGGGUCUGCAGCACUCGGAAGCCUUCUCCACCCCCACCCCAGCCACAGAUCCUGCUGUUCCAUCCCCUGACUGUACUCACCCCUCCCCUUGCUGCUUGUGGCCGUUUUAGUUGUGCCAUUUUUUAUUUUUCUUUGGAUGCCUAUUUUCUACUCAUCUCCAGAUAGAUGCAGACUUGUCUGUUUGUACAAAUCUCUAGUGAGAAUGCAGGUUCCCUCCCACACACACUCAGGAUAAAAGGGAGACCCUCAAGGGUUGUGGUUGCAUUUGGCAAGAAUGUAUCAUGAGGUUUUUUUUUUUGUUUUUUUGUUUUUUUUUGCCAAGUCAAUCCUUUUUAAAAAAGAAAGGAAAGCCAGGACAUCAUUUGUUCCAUCUUCCAUGCAAAACCACAGAACAAAGCCAAUCCCCUGCCAAUGCCAACUCUCUCCUUGUUAGUUUGCAAUGUGCCUUAAACCUAAAUGUCUGUAGCCAAAAGCUGUUUCCAAAUUAAAGCCAGCAAGCUCUGGAAUGUUCUGGAAA